GGAGCUGUGGGUACCACCUCCUCUGCAACGCCGGGGCCGGGAGUCUUAGAACCGAGGGCCCGCAGGGGUCCCCGCGGCCGCUGCGAUGCAGAAAUACGAGAAACUGGAGAAGAUUGGGGAAGGCACCUAUGGAACUGUGUUCAAGGCCAAAAACCGGGAAACCCAUGAGAUUGUGGCUCUGAAGCGUGUCAGGCUGGAUGAUGACGAUGAGGGUGUGCCGAGUUCAGCCCUCCGGGAGAUCUGUCUACUCAAGGAACUGAAGCACAAAAACAUUGUUAGGCUUCAUGAUGUCCUGCAUAGUGACAAGAAGCUGACGUUGGUUUUUGAGUUCUGUGAUCAGGACCUGAAGAAAUAUUUUGACAGCUGCAAUGGUGACCUGGACCCUGAGAUUGUGAAGUCAUUCCUCUUCCAGCUGCUGAAAGGCCUGGGAUUCUGUCACAGCCGAAACGUGCUGCAUAGGGACCUGAAGCCCCAGAACCUGCUCAUAAACAGGAAUGGGGAGUUGAAAUUGGCUGAUUUUGGCCUGGCUCGAGCCUUUGGUAUCCCAGUCCGCUGCUACUCUGCUGAGGUGGUCACGCUGUGGUACCGCCCACCGGAUGUCCUCUUUGGGGCCAAGCUGUACUCCACGUCCAUCGACAUGUGGUCAGCCGGCUGCAUCUUUGCAGAGCUGGCUAAUGCGGGGCGGCCUCUCUUCCCUGGCAAUGAUGUGGAUGACCAGCUGAAGAGGAUCUUUCGACUGCUAGGAACCCCGACCGAGGAACAGUGGCCCGCCAUGACCAAGCUGCCAGACUAUAAGCCCUACCCAAUGUACCCAGCCACAACGUCCUUGGUGAACGUCGUACCCAAGCUCAAUGCCACAGGGAGAGACCUGUUGCAGAACCUGUUGAAGUGUAACCCUGUGCAGCGCAUCUCAGCAGAGGAGGCCUUGCAGCACCCCUACUUCUCUGACUUCUGUCCCCCAUAGGCUCUCUGACCCCUGGUGGCCAGGCUGGGGCCUGGUCUAUUUAAGCCUCCCUCAUAGGAGGGUGGAAAAGUGGGGUGUGGGAUACUGAGCACCAGCUGUGCUGGGCCCAGCCAGGGUACAGUUACCCUGGCCCGUGGUUUUCACUCCCUCCAUGGACUUUAUUUAAUUUCAUAAAUUGGCUCCUUUCCCACA